CUCCCAGGUCGGAUUUCUCCGGAUAAAACGUUGUUUUAAUUUCCUUUUAUAAUGCGAUCUUCCAACGCUUAUACUUGAAAACAUGUAACACGCAUGGCAAUAAAAGCCUAUUUUGUUUUGAAGCCAAGGAGGAUCCCAUUCCAGGGGAUGAAGAAAGAGCUCGAUUCGCUGUUGCAAACAGCUGAGAAGGCGUUUGCAGUGGAGCUGCUGACGAUGCUGGCUGCCAUCAGGAAAAGGAAAGACUUCCUCGAUUUGCAAGCAGGAAAGGAAGCGGCUCUUGCUGUGGCAGUGAUCUCCAAAACCAAGUCGUUGGUUUCACUGGUCUCUGGUUUAAAUGGUGAACUGAACCCUCUUUCCAGUGCCACAAAUCUCAGAGCCACUGCAAAGGUACCUAACAGUGGGUAAAGACAAUCAGCUGAGAUUGGCAGGGAUUUGAUGGGCAAAGAAGAGACACUAGAUGGCGGCCUUGUUCCACGAAAGACAAGUUAGGAGAAACUGGAGUAUAGACUGCCGUGAUAAGCUGGUGCUGAUCAACUCGGAUCCCUCUGUGAGACCCCUUGGUGAGAGGGAUGCUUUCAGGGCGCCCCUGGAGAUUCCUCCGUCAAAGCUCCCCUCAGCCACUGGAUCAUUGCAGGAGCAGAAAGGUCCUGGCCACAGCUUUUUCAGGUCCACCUUUGGAGGGGAAGUGGAAUGGACUCUAUCAGGUGCUGCUGACGACCUUCACUGCAAUCAAGAUCAAAGAGCAACCUGCCUGGGUUCACUAUUCACAAGUGAAGAAAGCACCUGAGAAUACUUGGACAUCAGAACAAGUCAGACCAACUACUACCAAGUUCUCCCAGCGUUGAUCUUUGAGACUUUGAUAAGUAUAAUAACUCUGACUGAGACUUUUGCCUUAGACUGGCCGUGGUCCCAAGCAUGUUGUGGGUUCUCUCGUCUAGAGACCAUGUGUAUAGAUGAUCAUCAACAAAUGGCUGCAUAUAAUACAUCUGCUAUAGUCUUACAAAGAACCCAAUGACCUUAAAAGUUUGGCAGAACUGACGCUAUGAUGAAAGCAUUUUGGCUGAAGCUUUUGGAAAGAAAGUAUGAGUAGGAUGUAAAAUACUUAUUCCACUCCCCCAAGGAAAUUAAAAACUGCAAACCCAAAUUUUUGUGAGAGAUUCUUUGGUUCUUGGGGGUCCAUCCUGUUCACCUUUUCUUAAAACUCAAUGUGCAGUAUGGCUAUGCAAAUGUACAUUCACCUUCAAGAAUUGGACAAGAAAAGAUAUAGUUGUAGCAUUAGGAUCGGGAUUAGGGAUUUUGAACAGCAUGGAUUCUGAAAUAUUAGUGAAUAGAUUAGAAACAGUGACCAGCAGUUUGAAACAACCACAAUGUCCCCUAAAAUCUUCCCUUUCAGCCCCAGGAGCUAGUCAACAACUCAUGUCAGAAGCGUUACUCUAUGGGAAGAAACUGAUUAUGAAAAUAUCAUCUGUUAAUUGCAGAAGCUCUAGGGACAGCUCAGACCAGUGUUUGUUUGGCUCAGAGUUGUAUUCAGGCUCAGGCUUGGAUACAAACAGUGAUAGCAGUGAUCAUUAGGGAAGGUGAAGGCGACAUCUUACCAACUGAAAUUCGUGCAGUUAUUUGGCAAAACACAACACCAUUUGCACAAGAAUUGCAAUUGUGGUGGAAAUUAGUUAAUUUGACCUAUGCUCCUACUACCAGGGUCACUACAGCCUUUGUAUACUAACUGUACAAAAACCUGAAAUUAUUGGGAUCUACCCAAUUAUUACCUUAAGGGCAAAUCACAACUGUUACUCAAACCCUUGAGACAUUAAGUUUGGGCCCUAAGAAAAGGAGGUAAGUGGCAAAUGACUGAUGUAGAGGCAUGCCCUGCACAAGAACAACAGGGAUUCCUCUGUGAGAGCAGUGCUACGAGAGCACAGGACAUCUGUCUAGAUACUGAACCAAGCAUUUGUCAUUUUGAGAUGCACCCAUAUGAAAAAUCCCAAAACUGUGAUUGACUACAUAGGGUAAGGGCUGUGCUUGCUUGAGGACCCCAUGCAGCCUUUUGUAUGUAGAUAAACAUACUUUAAUGACUAGUAAUCAUUCUAAUCUUUGUGUUUGCAAUUUUGUUAACACU